AGUUAUUCGCCGCAGACCGAGUUUAGCAGCGGAAUCGAAUUUUUGCAAUUUUCAUAGACCAAGAAACCGAGUGUGCUUCGCGUGUGGAUAUUAUAAAAAAAAAGUUUUUCUGCUUGGUAAAGAUUUUCAAUACUUCAAACAGAGGUAUAUAAAACAAACAGCAAAUAAACUCCAGUGAAUUAUAAGGAAUUAAACAGUUCACAAAAUGGCACAAGAAGCUGAUAUUCCCACAUUCAAAUGCGUUUUAGUUGGAGAUGGUGGUACUGGCAAAACCACCUUCGUCAAACGUCAUAUGACAGGCGAAUUCGAAAAGAAAUACGUUGCUACACUCGGUGUCGAGGUUCAUCCACUUAUUUUCCAUACAAAUCGUGGCGCAAUCCGUUUCAAUGUCUGGGACACCGCUGGUCAGGAGAAAUUUGGUGGUUUGCGUGAUGGCUACUACAUUCAGGGACAGUGUGCUAUUAUUAUGUUUGAUGUAACCUCACGUGUAACAUAUAAGAAUGUACCCAAUUGGCAUAGAGAUUUGGUGCGUGUAUGUGAAAAUAUACCAAUUGUCUUGUGCGGCAAUAAGGCUGAUAUCAAGGAUCGUAAAGUCAAGGCUAAAAGUAUUGUUUUCCAUCGAAAAAAGAAUUUACAGUACUACGAUAUCUCUGCGAAGUCAAAUUAUAACUUUGAAAAGCCCUUCUUGUGGUUGGCACGAAAAUUGGUAGGCGAUCCAAAUUUGGAGUUUGUCGCUAUGCCAGCGUUACUACCGCCAGAAGUCAAGAUGGACAAGGAUUGGCAGCUGCAAAUCGAGAGAGAUUUACAAGAAGCUCAAGAAACCGCAUUGCCAGAAGAGGAUGAGGAUUUGUAAAUUUAUCUAAGCGCAGAUUUUUUUGCAAUUAAUUAUAAUAAUAGAGAAAACUUAAAAUUCUAAAAAAUACUGAGAAAGUGAAGAUGGCGAGAAACAAUAAAACAUAUUAAAAUAAAUAUAAAGUGCUGACAUUUUGAUAUUUGUUGGAAAU